AUGAUAACGUGUGAGGUCUUGCUCCCCGACACUCAGAGUUGGAUAGUGAUCUCAGUGGUCUACGCAUCCAAUGACGUGGAUACUAGGCAAGAGUUAUGGCAAGAGUUGAGAAAUAUGCAUUCCCACCAGCGUGUUCAAGGUAAAGCUUGGCUAAUUUUGGGUGAUUUUAAUCAAACGUUAAACCCUUCGGAGCACUCAACGGUGGCUGAUCCCAUCGCAAAAAAGCUUGAUAGAGCUUUGGUUAUUGAUCUUUGGAAUAUUCAAUUCCCUUCCUCCUUUGCUAUCUUUGGUGAGCCUGAUUUCUCGGAUCAUGCAUCUUGUGGCAUUGUCUUAGACGCAUCGUCUCAGAGGCAUAAUCGCCCUUUCAAGUUCUUUAACUUCCUCCUAAAGAACAAUGAGUUUCUUGAUAUCGUCGAAAGGCAUUGUGGAUCAAAGAUUGAAGGUCAGGAGGAGAUCCUAAGUCAUUGUGUUGACUACUUUCAAGAGCUGUUGGGAGCUGAGACUGAUCCUCAAAUGUUUACUCAGGGCGAUUUAAACUUACUUCUACCUUUCAAUUGUUCCCCAGAGCAAAGUGCUUCCCUCGAAAAAGAGUUCUCAGCUCAGGAAAUCAGAGAUGCUUUCGUCUCUCUACCGAGAAAUAAAAUGUGUGGUCCCGACGGGUUCUCCGAUGAGUUCUUUACUAGCUUCUGGAAUGUUGUUGGUCCAGAAGUAACAGAGGCAGUGGGUGAAUUCUUUCGAUCGGGUUCGAUCUUGAAGCAAUGGAAUGCGACAACACUGGUUCUCAUCCCAAAAAUUACCAAUGCUUCAAAGACCUCUGAUUUUAGGCCUAUCUCCUGUCUAAACACGGUUUACAUGGUAAUUUCAAAACUUCUUGCUAACAGGCUACAGAAGGCUUUUGACUCAGUGAGAUGGGACUUCAUCCUCUCGGCUCUACAAGCAAUAAACGUCCCAAAAAGGUUCAUCAACUGGAUAGAACAGUGUAUCUCGACCGCUAGCUUCUCUGUUUCAGUAAAUGGUAUCACCGGAGGUUAUUUCAGAAGUACAACAGGUCUGCGUCAAGGUGACCCGCUUUCACCGUACUUAUUUGUUCUAGCAAUGGAAAUCUUCUCUAGCCUUCUCAAAUCUCGUUUUGAUGCUGGGUAUAUUCGCUACCACCCGAACACGGAGGACCUAAGCAUAUCCCACCUUAUGUUUGCUGAUGAUGUCAUGAUAUUUUUUGAUGGUGGUUGCUCCUCCUUGCAUGGUAUUAAUGAGGCGCUAAACGAUUUUGCUUCUUUGUCUGGUUUAGAGAUGAACAAAGACAAAACCAGCUUGUACCAUGCAGGGCUAAGCCAAUCUGAAACCUCAGCUAUAACUACGUACCGGUUCAAAGUCGGCUCACUUCCCAUACGCUACCUUGGACUGCCGUUGAUUCAUCGCAAGCUCAGAAUCCCUGAGUGUGCCCCGCUAAUCGAUACGGUUAAGAGCAAAUUCAGGUCGUGGUCAGUCAAAACUCUUUCUUUUGCAGGAAGGGUUCAGCUAAUCAAAUCAGUCAUCUCGGGUAUAGUGGCAUUUUGGAUCUCUACUUUUAUCCUUCCCAAAGGCUGUAUUAAGCAAAUUGAAUCUCUUUGUUGCCGAUUUCUCUGGUCCGGAAGUAUUGAGACGGCAAAAGGAGUUAAAGUUUCUUGGGAAGUAUGCUGUCUCCCUAAGAAAGAGGGAGGUCUUGGUCUAAGACGGUUCUCAUCCUGGAACAGAACGCUUUUUCUUAGGCUAAUCUGGCUCUUGUUCUCUAAUACGAGCUCUCUAUGGGUGGCUUGGCACAGACAACACCAUCUACGAGAUCAAAGCUUUUGGUCUAUCAAGGAAAAUGUGCGAGAUUCUUGGAAUUGGAGGUCCUUACUUCAUCUGAGAGCUUCAGCACAGAAUUUUAUUCACGUGAUGGUGGGAAACGGUGCUUCAACAAGUUUUUGGUACGACUCGUGGACCCCUUUCGGAGCUCUAAUCAAUUACGUGGGGAUAGCAGGGCCACGUAGCUUCAGAAUACCUUGGAAUGCUAAAGUGUCUGAGGCCUGCAAUGAUUGA